UCAAGCUGGAGGUUAGGCUGAGAUAAAAACAGCACUUUAUGUGGGAUCCAGACUCCUGCAAGUCCUGUGGUUCUCCCAAGCCCUUUCACUCCGUCUGUUGAUUUUUCCCUAAAAUAGCAGCAAGCAGUUUAUCAUUUGAAUCUCUUUCCCACGGUUUUCUCUUGCCGGUGAGGAGCCAGAACAAGGACCUAACAGUACAGGAAAAUAAAUUGCAGACAUAUAAUACAGUCAGCCAGAGCAGAAGGCAUGGAAUGAUAAAAAGAUUACAGAAUACAGGAGGAAGGAAAGUCUAGAAGGAAGCUUUCUAAUAACUGCAGAAGAACUAAAAUUCUGCGGCAGAUAUUCAAAGACUGUAUUGAGAACAUUAUAAAUGCACUAAAUAAGUGCAGCUGGUUAAAGACUUUCUAGCCAAUAAUAUACUAGGAUUGAGGGACAAAAAAGAGAAAAAGAAAAGUAUUUUAUUCCUAGGUGUUUAUGAGCUUUCUUCUGCAUUAAUGGGAGAGUACUAAAAGCAAAAAUUAACUGACCUGCUCAGCAUGACAGAAGUGAAGGGAAAUUAAAUGUGGAGGACGCCUGAGCCACUAUAAGCCAGCCUCACGUUCACAUUCACCUACACCUGUUGAACAGGAAAGCCAGCUCUUCUGCCCAGCCAACAUAAAACAUGAAAAGACCCAGUGUAGAAAGUUCAUCAGAAAGUGAUCUGGAAGAAGUGAUUGAUGUAGGACAAGAAGAAAAUUACAGUGAAGUUUCCAGGUCGGUGUCUCCAACUACCACGUCACAGAUUCUGGCCAGGAAAAGGAGGAGAGGGAUUAUAGAGAAACGAAGACGUGACCGAAUCAACAACAGCCUAUCUGAACUCCGUCGUUUGGUGCCCACUGCUUUUGAGAAACAGGGAUCAUCAAAGUUGGAGAAAGCUGAGAUCCUUCAGAUGACUGUAGAUCACCUAAAAAUGCUCCAUGCUACUGGUGGAAAAGGUUACUUUGAUGCCUACACAUUAGCAGUAGAUUACAGAACCAUUGGGUUCCGGGAAUGCCUUGCAGAGGUUGCUAGAUUCCUGAGCUCCUUGGAAGGACUAGAUCAGGCUGACCCACUAAGAGUCCGUCUUGUCUCUCACCUGAGCCAUUAUGCCUCUGAAAUGGAGCCCUCACCCACCAAUGCAUCCAUCUUGCAAUUACCAUCCUGGCCAUGGUCCUAUCCUCCACUCUCUGGUCUUCUUCCAAAGAGUAGCACUGAAUUACAUCUGUCUCCAGGAGACAUCACUCCAGGGCCUGCAGUCCUAGCUGCAUCUGCAUUGGCUUAUCCUGCAUGUACAAUACGGACUGUUCCUUUAAGCAGUUCUCCAGGAGGAGUAGCUCAGCUUGCACCAGGUCAGCUUCCCAACAUGGCAUUAUCCAGCAUUCUUUCACAUCAGAGAUCCACACGAAGGGGAAUGGCCUCCAUUGUUACGUCUGCUCAGGCCUCUUUAAGCAAUGUGGCAUCCAGUAGAAACCGAGCAGUACUAGCAUCAAACACCUUGAGUAGAGUAGCAUCACCACGAAACCUGCUAACAUCAUCUCUACUAUCUACAGCUGGUGCAAGGGGGCCCAUCCCAUUACCUUUUGGACCAUUUGUAAAUCUAUCUACUCCUCAUUCCUCUACUCAACUAAACAGUUCUGGCUCAACCAAACUCAACAAAUCUUGGACAGCGGAAGUUGGUGCUUUCUGAAAAUAAAAUGUAAAGAAUGUAUUUACCUUUGCAGAUUUGCUUUUUUCUAUCGGCUGACAAUCUGGUUUCAAGGAACAGGAGAGUAACUUCAGCAUUUGUUUAGACACAAAGAAGACUGCAAAUGACCAUAACAUUCUGAAAGUAAAAAACUCAAGGCUCUCCAGAUAGAAGCAAAAUGUACAUUUUUUGUCAGUAACCAUUAGGAUGGAUGUGAUCUGCAAACAGUGAUUACGUGAUCACCACAAAAACAAGGCUGUCACACAAGUCCCAAAACGUGCUAUACUCAUCUUUCUGUUGGUUAAUAUAAAUCGUUGGCUGGCACUUGAUGCUAGAACUAUAUCCACAUUCACACAAAUAAUGCUGGAACAUGCAGCAGGAGGUGAUUUCAGCACUAAAUUUUCAGUCACUCAGAUAUAGAUGGACAUUUAAUUCAAAGAAGAUUGGAUGAAUAUCACAUGAGAUAAUAAAAUCAGUGUGAGAAUGGUAAACAACAGUCACAGUGUAUCCACGCUGGACAAUAUUUGCUUAUGUUGAGAAAUACUGUAUGCCCAGAAGACAGCAUAUUCCACUUGUGGAUAUUCCCACCAUGCUAUUCAUGUUACACUGUUAUAUAACUGACAGCAUCAUUUUUUAUGCAGAACUUUAACUCUACAGAUGCAUCAUUUCUUCUUCCAGUUAAAGCUGUGUCUACACUAAAUGGGACCAAAUUAACUCCAUUAGAACAGUGUACUGCCUGACUCAGAUGCUGAUGUCUCCAUACCACAUGGACCAUCUUCAUGUAGAUCAGGGUGUUCCCCAUAUGGGGCAGCAGUUACAGAGGAGAAGAGGCUGUGAGUGAAUGCUAUGUGAGAAGAAAAAGUAGCCUUCAGCUUCUAAUAAAAAAAGAAACAACUGUAAAAAUCUUGCCAAACUAGCUAAAACAAUAAGGAAGCACACGAUACAGUCACACUGGCAUUAUGUUUUGUGAUAUAUAUUUUAUACUUGCUUUGUUACUUUAUUUUAAAGUCUAAGAAGGGCUUUUAAUAAUAUCAUUUCAUGCUGCCUGACUUUAUCUUUAUGCCACAUGCUGUUAAACCAGUAGUACAAGAUUUUCAAGGAAAUAACAGGAAGAAGUGUUAAGAUCCAUGACAAAGACGAGAACUGUAUUAAAAUAUGGCAGUUAUGGAAUAAAGCAGGAAAAAAAUCAGGUGUAAACUCAACCUGUAUUAUUUAAACAAAGUAUCAACACCCACCUUUAUUUGCAUUUAGAAUAGUACAUCAUACAACCCAGGUACAUGGUGCUAUAUUAACUCAUAGGAUAACAUGAUUUCUCUAAAACAAGCAAUAAGAAACUGGCACCAAAAUGCAAGUUUUGCACAUGCAUACAAGCUCAUGUGCAGUUUAUAAACAGUGGACCGUGUUUCCCUUUUUUUUGAUCUACAACUGACUAAAACAUUACUGUCAUUCAUUUAAAAAAUGAGGCAGUGUGCACAGUUAUGUGUUUUAUAAAUAGGAGUCGGUUUUCUGGGCACUAAACAAGCCAUCAGAAAUAUUCAGCCUGUUUACACACACAUGAAUUAUUUUGUACAUGGAGCAACUAAAUCCAAUGUGAAAUUUAGGGUUGUGAAAACACAAGGAUUUUGGUACCAUUUAGAAGGACUCAAAGAAGUCUCACAAUGAGACACUUUGUGUCCCCUGAGGUGUACAAAAAGUUUUUGCUCUCUACAAGUUAGGGUGGCACAGUGGAAGAGAGGUUAGCUUUGGUGUCUCACAGCUAUUAACUGUCCAUUUUAGUUAACUGAAAUACCUUCUGUGUAGAACCUGCAUGUCUUCUCUGUGUCUCCAUGCCAUUUCACUGCAUCAUCUCUGUAUCUCAGUGUGCCAUGGGAUCUGGGGUCUCCUCUUGCAUCCCAGUGACAUGAUUUAGGUAAAUGGAUGGUCCACUAAAUUGACUGUAGAUGUGGAUGGGGGACCCUGUUAUAGACUGACUUCCUAUCAAGGAUCAGUAUCUCAGCUUUGUGCUCAUUAAGUGCUAUGAUAGGCUCUGGCUCCUUCACAACCCUGAUUCAGAUUAAGCACAUAAUCAGAGUAUACAUGAAUAGUAGUUUGAACAGGCUGUUUGGACUGUCCCAUACAAAAGGUGAAAAAGAUGACAUUGAGAUUCAUUCCACUUACACGCCUUGAUUGUCAUGGCGAUAGUCUUGAAAGAAACUAUUUUCUUUCUAUUCAGGUUUAGGCCAGUAUCAGUAAAACUCACUAGGUACUUACAAAUUUUGUGGCCAGUGAAUCUGACAUAUAUCACCAGAAGAGCAUUCUAUCCCCCAGAAACCAUUGCUUUUUAUGGAACCAUUAUUUUCAGUGUUGUCUUCUUUCUUUUUGCCACUAUCUGGCAAUGUCAUAGGACACAAAUUUUACUUUCUUAUUAUUAUUAAUAUUAUCCUCUAUUGUGCAAUCAUUAUCUCAACAGGUUACAGGAAGGUUUUGAACACUGAAGUAAAGAGAUUCAGGUCACUUUCCCACAUUAUACACUGACAGAAACCAGAGAAAACUGUAUUUUUCAGCAACAACCUCUUUCCACCAUCUUGUCCCACCCUCCCAUAUUCUGCCCCAGUCUCUCUCUCUCUUUUCCUCUGACUUAUCAUAUUCUGCACUGUUAGGACUGGUACCAGCACAUCUUGGGACUGCAAGGUCAUCAGACUUCAAAGUCUCACCCUUACAAGCAUAAUAUACGGUAGACACUAUAGCUGCAUUACAUGUACAGUAAAUAAGUGAGGUUAUGUGUGCGUCACUAUGCACACUUGUUUCCUUUUCAAACAAGUAAGCUAAUUAUUAUCAUUUUGGCAAUUCUUCUGCCAUAGCAUGCCUUAAAUUGAUUGAUUUUAUGAUUGGUUAGUAUUUAUGAAAUUCAUUAAUUCAUUUUCCAAUAUUAAUUUUAUCCUCUACAAGGUCAAAUGGGAACUACAGCUUGUCACUGCAAGUAACCAGUAUAAUACAAAGAAACAAUUCAGGAUAUGAUUCCAGUCCCAUGUAAGAAAGCAUAUAAGCACACACACACACACACACACACACACACACACACACACACAUCUCUAACAGCUCUUCAGAGGACCAUGAAUUUACCUAACAUACAUCUAGAAAGUGGGAGAAAAAUAGAAUCUCCAGCAAAACUAACCUGGACACAAGGUAGAGCAAUAGAUUCCACUCCACACAGAAAGCUCCCCAGCUGGAACUCAAACCGGAAAACCAUACAUUGUAAAGCAGCAAUACUAACCACAGCAUUGCUGAACCACUCUGUGAUGAGUGCCACCAGACUACAGUACAAAGCAGUGAUUGUUGAACUAAGCAAGACAGUGUGGCAAUGGAUAAAUAUUUCAAGGUCAUGGCCAAGACUCCUGCUUUUAUGUUGAUCUACUAGACUCUCUACUGACACCUGUUGGCUAAAUGUGGAAAUAUUAUGUCAUAUUCAUUUUUCCAUUUGUGAUGGUAUAUGUGAAGUUUGGCUUAUAUUCUGACCUUUCCAAAUGUAGCAUUCUCUAGUGUGACCUCAUGUAAGUGUUGUCUUUGGUCAUUGGUCAUGCCAAACUCUCAAUGUUCAGUAGCAAACAUAUUUAUACCGACUGAAGCAAGCCUGCUGCCUGGGUAGCCCAUUUGAAUUAUCAGCUAGCCUCAUGCAGUUUCCCAAUCUCAUGAUUUUGACAGAAUGGAAAGAUAAACUUUUUUCAAUAAAAUGGAAAACUGUCUCCUUGCAUUUUACUCAUCAAGUCACUGCACACAAGAACCGGCAGCCAUUUUUUAUGUCCCUAACUCUGGUCGGGGGGGGGGGGGAUAUUCAGUUUCUCAGCCUAGAGCUGUGGUUCACAAGAUAUAUCAAAAGUAUCGGUAUAUUUUACAGUUUUAUCUCUACAAGGACAUUGUUGUCUUGUAUUAUAGUCCUCAUUCCUAAGUACAUGCACAGGCCAACAAACUUUUUCACAAGGAAUAUAAUAUGCUGAACCAUAAAAACCAGAUAGUGUAGCACUCAGUAAAAAUGACAGAGCAUUUGACAGAUAAGAGAUGUUUUAUGUGGGAACUCUUCGUUAAAAUGUGAUAUAUACCAAAGUCCACUGAACAUGCAAGAACAGAAUUUCAUCCUCCUACAAAUGAACUUGCAGCCAUUUUCAGUCUGUAUUUUAUUCCAUUGACAUAAUACCAGUGUUGCAAUGUAAUAAUAAAUGACAAGUUACUUUAAAUAAAAAGAAGCUUCCAAGAACUA